AUCACAUUGCUUCRAUCAGAUGGAGGCUUGGAGAAAAGAGGUUUUCAAGCUGUUUACUUUCUUCUAAGUGACGAAGAUAAAGUCAUACGUUUAGCGGUUGGCAACAAAAAUGCCACUGCAGCAUCAUUGUCUUGGGAGGUACCCUCGUCCAUGGCAAGUUYCAUCGAUUGGUUUUAUGUUUUAUACAAACAAGAUGAAGGAGAUCAAAAUUGGAAAGUACUCAAAACAGCAAAGUUAAAUGUGGACAUUGGUGGCCUUCUCUCUUCUACACAAUAUAUUGCCAAAGUCAUUGGAAAUAGCAGUGCAACAGGUUACUGGAGUAGUCCAGUGAAGUUCAGGACAUCACAUUUGCCAACGACUGCUUCAGGUGAAAAACCAUCGACAAAGCUCACAGAGUCAGUGAAGCUGAUGUAUAGCUAUGGUACCAGUGAAGGAGACCUUACAAUCCCCAACACUAGGGAAUAUCGGCAUCGUUGUUUCAAGAUUGCAUUUAAUGACGAUGGCUUUCUCUUCGUGACCAAGAAACACUACCACAUAUAUGUAUGCCGCAAUGGUGUCAUGCGUUUUGAUAGUUCUUCUUAUCUUCAAUGGCCAAUGAACUUUGGCACAAGUUCUAAGUAUUGCGACAUUGAUGUUUUGGCUCCAUAUUGGUCUCUAGUCAACAGGGAAUAUUCGCAAGUUUUCUACCAUGUGUAUUCAACGCUAGACAAAAGUGAAAAGUCCAAGAAGGUCCUCGAUCAAGCAACCUCCGACGUUCGUUUGCUAAAGCAACACCCAUUACCAUCCACUUUCAAAGCUUCAUGGGUACUUGUCGUGACAUGGGAUAAACUUCAUCACAAUAGAAUCAAUACUCAUACAAAAAGAAUGAGGAAUACAUUCCAAGCAGUUCUGAUAACAGACGGUGUGUUUUCAUUCGCAAUGUACAACUAUCCCACAAACGGAAUUCAGUGGUCAGCACCAACGUCAAGACAAAAUUGGAAGAACUUUGCAAAUGACAAGGGUCUUCCUGUUGUUGGUUGGAAUGCCGCAGGCUGCACUAGGUCAAAAAUACCUUUGAGCUAUUUCAGCGAAGAAAGGUCUGGAACGGUAAACGUUGGAGACAUUGACGAUACYAAUGGUACAAGCGUGUACUUUAAUCAAUUUCGMAAAAUUGAUUCAAAACCAAAUGGCAUCCAGGGAAAAUGUUUUUUUGAGUUAUAUAGGCCAUGGAAAGUAUCUGAAGGCGAACGAAAAUGCAGAGUAUGGUUCAAAAAGCAACCAGACCCAAGACCUUUCCUGGAAKUUCUCGAACCAUGUCCUUGUACYUCUCGACAAGCUUGGUUCGAUAAACGGUUUUCUCCAGAGUCUAGUGUGGAUCAGUGGCRGACUUGGAGGUCAAAUCCAAGACCCUGUGCCGUUUCAACAUUUCCUUCCAUUGAUGGAUGGGAUCAGAAGUGCUGCUAUUCMCAUGAAUCUGAACAGUGGGGAGCGUUGSUUGAAGGUCAUCCUAACGGAGGYUGYUCACAUAGAUACAGUAAAACCAAAAGCUGGAGAAGACAUAUGAAAAGCGAGGUCUUGGCUUACAAAUAUUGUUGUGUAGAUUCAAGUCUUUGCCAUCUUUUCUAUCAAAGAAGACCUUCGGAUGACUGCAGUCGAUAUGAACCACCAGAAUGGAGUUGGAUGUGGGGUGAUCCACACAUUGUUACCUUGGACGGCAAAAACUACACUUUCAAUGGACUUGGCGAGUACGUCAUGCUCGAUGCUAARAACGGUUUCUUCCAGCUCCAAUCUAGGACACGACUAGCGAAAGGAGAAGGGACAGCGACGAUAUUUUGUGCAGCUGUAAUGAAGGAAUACAACUGCAGCACUUUGCAGCUCAAUCUUGCAGAGAAUAGUUCAAUGUCUGUGCUGAUUGAUGGUGAACCACUAGAUCUUGAAGGCAUUCAGAAUGGUUCUACCAGAUUACAUGGAUCAGUAGUAGUUGCUCGCCCUCAGGAAAACUCAUUUGAAGCCAUAUACCCGUCUGGAAUUUCAGUGACACUUACAGAAUCUAAAGGAGCACUGUCUAUCGUAGUUGCUUUACCCAAAUCAUUUCGAAAUGAAACGAAUGGUCUUUUAGGAACUUGGAAUGGUAACAAACAUGAUGACUUUACAACACCAGAAGGAGAUGUUCUUCGUCCAAAUGCCACUGGAAGAGAAAUUCACUUUGAGUUUGGACAAAAAUGGCAAGUUAACGAGACGAAUUCCUUGUUUACCUACUAUGCCAAAGAGUCAGUCUCUACCUUCUCGAACACCACGUUUAUACCUAUGUUUGUCGAUGAGCUAACGUUUGCAGACAAAACCCUCGAGAAGAAGGCCAUAGCUGAAUGCAAUGGUGAUGUCAACUGUUUGUUUGACGCAGCCUCUACAAAUGACCUUUCCGUGGGACUGGACACCAAAGUAGUUAGUUCUCAGUUGGUGAACRAUUCUGCAAUUCUCAGCAAUUCUCCACCAAAAUUUCCAAAUUAUACAUCUGCAAUACUGCUGACAAUCAAUACUACAAGGCAUCUUGAAAUUCCUGUCGAGGACAACGAUGGGGAUUCUGUUAAAUUUAACGUAACUGGAUUACCAAAAGGUGGCAUUGUCAAAACAAGCAAUUCCACAGUUUCCAUAUCGUGGGAUGUUUCGAUGGAAAAGGUUAAUCUUAAGGUGAUUGCUACUGACGACAAGGGAGCGGUUUCUGUUUUAAAACCACUAUUCCAUCUUUGCGCAUGUCACAAUGGAGCGAAAUGUAUCAAACCACCAGAUGGAAUGCAAAGCCAAACCGACUCUAAUUUUAAAGUCCUGCCAUGCCGGUGUAAAAGUGGUUACGCAGGACAAUAUUGUGAAAAUGACAUCGAUGCUUGUAAAGUCAAUCUAAAUCCAUGUUAUCCUGGGGUUGAGUGUAAAGAUCUUCCUGCUCCAGCAAAUGAGAGUGGGUACGAGUGUGGACCCUGUCCAUCUGGACUUUCAGGAAAGGGUGACUCGUGUGAAGAUAUUGAUGAAUGCGGUUAUGGCUUCAAUCAUGGUUGUUCACAAAUAUGCUACAACACCCCUGGUUCGUUUAUUUGUGGUUGYAAUGAUGGGUAUACACUUCAAAAUGAUGGAUYUACUUGUCAAGAUGUCAAUGAGUGCCAACCUUUAGCUGACUGUAUGCAGAAGUGUGAAAAUACKCCUGGAAGCUAUCAAUGCAGYUGUCACAAWGACUUCAAAGUAGACCCUUCUGAUCCAAGAAAAUGCAUCUCCAAGUUUCCGUGCAAAGAUGGGACUCACGGUUGCCAAGAUAUUUGUUUUGAGUCUAAUGACGUAGCUAUGUGCGCCUGCCAUAUGGGAUAUCAGUUGAAAUCGGACAACAAGUCAUGCCAAGAUAUCGAUGAAUGCAACGAUGGAAAAGAUAGAUGUAACCAGCUAUGUUACAAUAAUGAAGGCAGCUACGAUUGCGGAUGUGUCAAUGGUUUUCGUCUCAGUUCUGACAAUGUGACCUGUGUUGAUGUCGAUGAAUGUAUCGAGUGGACUUUCAAUUGUUCAGCMUCGCUGCGAUGUGAGAAUACCAUUGGAUCCUACAAUUGCAGAUGUCAAGAAGGCUUAUAUUGGAUUAACAAUCGAUGCCGUGAACCUUCAAUUGGAGAGAAGGAAACAACCCUUAAACCUCCACCAAAGCCAACAACGCCCUCCAAAGAAAAUCUUCGUAAUUCUGUCAACGUUACAAUCAAAGAAUUCAACAUUUCAGAGUUGGCUCUACAACUCAAUCUUGUGUUUAAAGAGGUUGCGCGUCAAGUAACUAAAUUUUGUGCAGAGAAARACAUUUGUCUUCCACCGAAAAUACGCAAAAGACGCUCAAACACGUUCAYUACCUUCACUUCAAACGAUGUAAACCUUGUUGGUUUUCCAAUACAACUGKCUAAUGCACCAUCUGGCAGCAUGAACGCUCUUGUAGCAUUUUACGUSAAAUUUCCACCCGGUGUCUCUUCAAAUCUCAGCGACUCUAUUGACGGUGCUAUACUCGUCGAUAUCAUAAAUGGUUCACUUGGUAAUAUCGGCAAAGACAUUGGAAAGACCUUGCUGUCCGUAUCAAGAUACCAGACUCAAACUUCAGCUACCACAGAGUCUCCAGUAAAGACUUUUUCUGGAUUUUUCACUGAAGAGAAUAACUCACYUGUUUAUAUAAUUGGUGGAUUAGUUGGUGGAACAACUGGUCUUUUUUUACUGUUGGGUCUUAUUAUAAGAUUCUGUAGAAGACAGCCAGCGAAGAGCUAUUACACUGUGCAAGACGGUACUAAUGUGGAUAUUAAAAAACACCGCCCUUUCUUUGAAAAAUCGCAUGCAGAAUCCAAGAAAUAAGUUUACAGAGACAACAAAACCUUUAACUCAAUGGUUUGUGCAUUGGAUGACUUGGAUGACUUAAAAACUCGGUCAUGAUUAGUUAUGCAAUGCUCAGUAAUUUGAGAAGGACUAGCUUUAUUAAUUUGAAAGGAAAUUCAUCAAUAUUGAGAAUUCCUUCCUCUAGUUUUGUUAACCAUCAAAUAGUUUUGAUAUAGUUUGUACUUGUUUGGUUUUGAUAAUAUUCUUUCAGCUUGUGGCACAACUAAAGUAAUAAAAAAAACGUUUGCUGUUUAUAAAUCUAAAAGGCUUUAGGCAAUGAUGACCCAGAGAGGUCGUGGCUCAGAUUGCUUGCAUAAUAAAAACAGUUAUAUACUAUGAUAUGAUUUA